ACUCUGUAGCAGAGAAGAAGUUAGUCUAAAGUGAGCCGUCUUAAUGCAGGACGGUGGACUCUGUCUGAAACUGACCUGACACCUUCAGCUGAUCUGAGUUCAGGAGGAAGUUUACAAAAUAAGAGCUUCUCAAUUUCUUUAUGGGAAAUGUCCAGCUGAUGCUUUUUCCUCAUCCCUCCAGAGUCUCAGACGAUUUCUCUGCAGUUGAAGAAUGACCCCCCCCCCCAUGCUUUUGUCUUCAGAGAGGAAAACUUCAAUCACUGCAGCCCGCCGUCUCCCUCUGCUCUCUGAUUGGCUGCUGAGACUCCAGUGAGGACCUCCUUCAGCCAAUCCCCUCCGCUCUGCAGAGCAUCACUUCCUCCUGAGCAGUUGCUGCAGUCUGUCCUCUUGCUCCUCCCCUUUCUCCCCCCGUAAAACGGGACUCCCGCCCCCCUCCGGGCCCCAUCCCCCGUCUGUUUUCCUGCCACAUGUUUGUGAGCGCACGCUGACGCACAGCCGCCGCCGCUGCAGCGCCUGAGUCAUCCAGGAAAGUUUCUGCGUCGCCUUCGGGUUUCCAGCGGCGCUCCUCUGCACCGUCUGGACCGGAGCCACCGGGACCGGGAGGCUCUGCUGCUGCAGGCUCUGCAGGGAGGGUUCGUGGUCUCCAUCAUGGAGGUGCCCCGGAGGCUCCACCCCCCCACUCUCACCCUGACUCUGGCCAACGCCGCCUCAGCGCCGCCGUGUGCGAUCGGACCCAAACAGAAGUCCUCCAGAAGAAACGGCAUGAGACAGAGGAGCCGGCUGGAGAAGCAUGGAGGCCCGGAGGAGGAGGAAGAGGAGGCUGCACCCGAGGAGAAGGUCCCCUCAGAGGAGGACCUGCUGGAGGAGACCUCCCAACUUCUGGAUAUAAGUCCAGCGCGGCAUUCAAGACUGUCUUCAGAGGACAGCGUUUCAGAGGAGACGCUGGAGUCCGAGGAGAUGCUGGAAGAGGAGGCCAGGAGGAAAUCUGAGGAGGAGAAAGCUGCAGCGAAGGAGCGGGAAGCUCAGCGCCAGCAGAUGUCCGUGGAGGAGCUGGUCCAGUCGGAGAGGAGCUACCUGAGGAUGCUGGAGCUCAGCACCGUGACCAUCAGGAGCAGCCUGCAGAAGCUGCAGCCGCCGCCCGCCGGCCUGGACAGCAUGUUUCUCUACAUCCAGGAGGUGAUGGACGUCUCCACGCGCCUCCUCAGCAAGCUGGACCAGUUUCAGCCCGGAGACCCCCGCUUCCUGGAAAACCUCUGCGAGUCGUUCCUCGCUCUCUCCUCGGACAUUGAAGCUGCCUAUAAGGAAUACUUGGCCAACUACACUCACGUCACGGUUCUGGAGAACGGCUACAAACAGAAGGAGGCGCUGUGGCGGGAGAUCGUGACCAUCGUCAAGAGCGCGGCCCCUGAAGUCAACGCCUCCUCUCUGAGCUUCUUCCUGGUGAUGCCGGUUCAGCGGAUCGCCCGCUACCCGCUGCUCCUGCAGACCAUCCAGAAGCACACUGACCCCGCCCACCCGGCGUUCGCCCUGCUGGAGCAGACCGCCCACACCUCCGUCGCCCUCAACUGCCGCAUCAACGAAUACAAGCGCUUCCGAGAAGUCGCUGAUAAAUACAAGAAGACGGAGAACCUGACCAUCAGAGACAAGAUGGUCCGCCUCAACACCCACAGCAUCGCUAAGAAGACCGCCAGGUUCAGCCAGCACAUCAAACACGAAACCGGGAUGGCGCCGAAGGUCGUCGACGAGGAGUUCGACGCUCUGGAAGGUUUCUUUGCCGUUCUGGAUCACGGCAUCCUGCAGCUCCUGGAGAAUGUGGAGACGUACCUGCUCAACCUGCAGGGAUUUCUGGAGUGUCGGACGGAGGAGUUCGACUUCGACAUGGACGGAGAGAAGUCCGCCGUCAGCUACAAAGAGAUCACCACGGCGCUGCGACAGUGGGUCCUGCCCACAUUUGAGAGGCGGAUGAGGACGCUCAUCCACAAGCCGCUGUGCGCGCUCCGGGACCUCCUGGUGGGCCCGAGGAACCUGAUCAGGAAGAGGUUCCACAAGCUGCUGGACUACGAGGUGAUCGAGGGCAAAGCCAGCCUGACCUUUGACGAGCAGGAGGUGGUCAACACCUACAAGACCCUCAACACGUUGCUGCUCAACGAGCUUCCUCGCUUCAACGGCGUGGCUCUGCAGAUGAUCUGGAGCAUGCUGGGAACCUUCAGCUGCCUGCACAAAGACCUGACUGCAGACAUGGAGCAGCUGUUCCAGAGCUUCGCUCAGCAGCUCCCUCACAGCUUCCUCAGCGACAGUGCAUUCUGGGAGUGGGCGGAGUCUGCCGUCCUGGACGGGGCGAGGAACCUGCAGGCUUUGUGUCAGACCGUGGAGGAGACUCUGAACGCGCCCGCCGUGCAGCCUCUGAGUCCGUCCUCUCAGCGCUGCCUCCAGCAGCUCACAGGCAAGCACGGUUCUGGAAAGAUCUACCAGGUGACCAGCUCGGUGGUGGGCAGCCGGGACCUGGACCUGAACCUGACCAAAGGGGAGCUGGUGGCCAUCAUCAGCGGCGCCGACACCCGAGGAGACAAGCGGAGGUGGCUGGUGGAUGCAGGAGGCCGCAGAGGCUACGUCGCAUCCUCAAAGCUCGUUCGUUAUCACCAGGCGGCGGAGAACCCGCCCCCUUCGCCACACCCGAGUCUGCCUGAGAGCUCGACGGGGAACAGGAGAUACUCGUACUCGCCCGGCGCGCCGCCGCUCACCAGCCAGCCGUGUUUUCAGGUGUGGGCGGCGUACAGUUUCACCGCCAGAGGAAACCAUGAAGUUUCUCUUCAGGCCGGCCAGCCCGUCCGCGUCCUGGAGCCUCACGACAAACGGGGGAACCCCGAGUGGAACCUGGUGGAGGUGGUGAGCGGCCAGCGGGGCUACGUGCCCUCCAACUACCUGACUUACACGCCCACGGGGGCGGGGCCUCCUGCCGGCUUCUACCCGUUCCACUGAGAGACGAGAAGCAGCUGCUUCUGGACUUUAACCGCUUGGAAAAUAAAAAAACAAACAAACGUUGGUUCUGAAGCAGAAGUCAGAACACGAACGGCCACCGUGUGCGCUAUGUGUGUUCAGCCUCAACGAUGACCGCUUUUAGACGAGCCGCCACAGCUUCACUCAAGCCAAACUAAAAGAUCUUUUUGUUCUUAAGCUUUUGUCAGAUGUGUCCUAUUCCAGUUUAGGGUGCAUUUAAAACUUUUUUAAAACAUCAAAAGCAUCUGAGGAAAAGCAGAAAGCUCCUGGCAGUUUUUUAAACUCCUGAAGCUUUCUUUAAAAGAGAAAGAAGUGACACAAAAGGAAAAGUCCUGAAUCAUUAGGAGAAAACAAACUUCUGGAUUUCAUUAGAAACACUGGAUACAAAUGAAGUCACAAACGUGCAAAAGUUCAAAACAGAGACUUCCUGAAAGCUAUUUUCUUAAAAAAUAAGAUAAAUCUUUGGCUUUUUCUUUGAAAGAAAUGCAUUUAAAAAGGAAAUUCCACUUUUAGUAUAUCUUUUUUUGGUCUAAUGAUUCACUAAAAUCAAAGAAAAAGCUGAAAAAAGAAUCUGGCAACCUGGAACAAAAUGUACAGAAAUGUCGGUUUCUUUCUUUGGUGUAUAAAUCUGAGCUGAACCCCCUCCCAGCACAAGCUGAAAGCUUUCUUUUACGGUGAGGAAACGGCAGCUUGUUCUGGUUAGGUUGUUGUUUGACAGAAAAUGGAAAAGAUCUGGAGUUAAACUCGCUCCCAUCGUUCCUCUGGAGGAGCGUCCAGGAGCUCGAUCAGAGCCUCCUGCUCUCCUCCUCUCAGCUUUCAUCACAGCGCCAGCACCACUCUGAAACCACUUUACACUUUAAAAUUAUCCAGGUGACCUAAUUCCCCAUUAUUUCCACCUGAGGAUGAUGGCUGUUGCCACGGUUACGGCUCAGCAGGCGCAGGUCACCUCUCUUUUGUGCGGUUUCUUGAAGUGGACGGUCCCGUGAAAACCUUUCAUUAGUUUCCUUCUUUAGGAGUAUCCUCCGUUUUACUGAUGAUUCGCUUCAUUUCUUUGGUUGAAAUUAUUUAAUUUUGAGGAAAAGGCUCCAAAUGGUGAAGACUUUAUGACACGUUUGGGUUUCAGGGCAGCGGUUUUGAUGUAGACCAACACAAAGAAAUGAAAAACUUUAAUUAAUGUAAACACCAACACCUCACAAUGACUUUUUAUUGUUUGUGGCAAAUUCUCCUUCACUUCUGGGGUCAAUAAGUCUGAAAAAUGUCACAUUAUUAUGAUUAUUUUGAUGGGUGGGUUAAAGAAAAUCACAGAGCUGAUAAAAUACAAAAUGCAAAUGUGUUAAAGCCGCAUUCUGCUACUUUUCAGCCAAAAGAAAUGAACGUUUCUGAACAUAGAGGCUGCUCGCAUUCCAAACCGCUAACAUUUAUUUAAAAACAAAAAAAAAAGAAAAUUUGAAUAUCAUACUCGUCUAAGUAAAUUCUUGGAGUUGCACCUUUGAAACCCAGAACAGUUUGGGGAGGGGACACGUUUUCUUUGUUUCCCCCAUCCAGCUUUAACCUUUUUAGACUAAAAGUAUUUUAUAUUUUGAUAUUGGAAGUCUUUGCAGUGCAGCCCGGAGCUGCAGAGCAGGGCGGCGCUCAGCGGGGGCGUCUGAAUGUCAGGACGGAGCUGCUCAGCAGGAGGGACGGAGGCUCGGAGACGUCCUCCAGGCGAGUAGAGGAGCCUGAACGUGAAGGAGAGCCUCUGAUUUAGCAAAUGAAGCAGCAAAGCCCUUUUUGUUUACUGGCUUAAACAAGAAACUUGACUAAAUGUGUGGAUUUUGUAAAUAAACUGUAUUUAUGAGCUGAUAUUUGUCUCCACCACUAGAGGGAGAAGGAGACUGUUUUUUUUUUUUUUUUUUGUUUUUGUGUGAAACUGGAAAAACUGCAUGUUUGCAUUUGACAUCAUUACCUUCUGAAGUAUUGAUCCAGACACACAGUUGAAGCAGAUUCAGUUCAUGUUCAUUUCCACUCAUCUUCUGUGAAGCGGCCAUAUUUGACCCGCCGGUGUUUAAAUGUCUUGAUUUGCUGCUGUUUUGGCUUCUCUGAUGCUGCAGUGAUGGAGGAUCUCUCUGAGAGGCUGCCAGAGUGUGAUGUGCAGCUCCUUCUCCCACACAUGAAGUCACGCCGCAGACGGAUGUCUGCAGUGCAGACGCAGACGGAUGUCUGCAGUGCAGCAGCUGAAUCCAGCUUCAAUAAACUCCAGCCUGCUCCCCGUC